CAAAGCAGGGUCUUUCCGCAUUUUGGACAUGUUCUACAUUAUCGGGCUCGGCCUUUGCGAUGAAAAGGACAUAACAGUGAAAGGACUUGAGGCUGUCAAAGGGUGCUCAAGGGUCUACUUGGAGGCCUACACGAGCAUCCUGAUGAUACAAAAGGACAGGCUGGAAGAAUUCUAUGGGAAGGAGCUGAUCCUUGCUGAUCGCGACAUGGUUGAAACUGAGAGCGAUGAGAUUCUGAAGGACGCGGACAAGGAGGAUGUGGCCAUGCUUGUGGUCGGAGACCCCUUUGGUGCGACCACGCACACGGAUAUCGUCCUGCGCGCACGUUCCGCCAAGAUCCCCGUGAGGAUAAUCCACAAUGCGUCCAUCAUGAAUGCAAUCGGUGCUUGCGGCCUCCAGCUGUACAACUUCGGACAGACCGUCUCGCUCGUGUUUUUCACAGAGAAUUGGAAGCCAGACAGCUUCUACGAUCGUAUUAAGGAAAAUGUCGAUCUCGGUAUGCACACACUUGUGCUAUUGGACAUAAAGGUGAAGGAGCAGAGCGAGGAGAACCUUGCACGAGGGAGGAAGAUCUACGAGCCUCCACGCUACAUGUCAGUCAAGCAGGCAGUUUCGCAGCUUGCGGAAAUCGAAGAGUCAAGACACGGUGGCAUCCUCACUCCCGAGAAGACUCUGGCUAUUGGCAUGUCUCGCGUCGGAGGUGGCGAGGGACGGGAGCGCAUCGUCUCGGGUACUCUUGCUGAGCUUUUGGCGCAACCACCAGAGGUUUUUGGCGAGCCCCUUCACAGCCUGGUCAUCGUAGGAAGGCGGCUGCAUCACCUCGAGGUCGAGUAUGCGGAGACGUUCGCUGUCAACCCCGAAUCGUGGAGGAACGUUGCCCGGACUACUUAUGGCUGCGCUUUGGACUAAUGCUGGAGGAUGCAUAAAUUGUCCAUAGUCACUGUAGCAAUAGCUUUACACCACUAUCUCGUCUAUCGAGUCAGUCCCGUCGAGUCAGACCCAAGCCCUGUCCAUCGGACAUGGUAUCUGCGCUCAUCGCCGGGUCGCCGGGUCUCCCUCCACCUUCAUCUGUGUAAAUGACUUUUCUCUGGCGCGGCAACAUCGCCACGCAUGGAUGGCUUAGCUAUCUAGAAUGGAAUCGGAGGAUCUGAGCAUCAAU